AUGUCUAGGAGCCUGAAGCAAGUGGCUGUGCUGCUUGUGGCACUUCUGUGCCUGGAUCCUCACAGCCGGGUCAGCUCCGCGCCCAUCUGCACACACGGUCCAUCAGGAUGUCACGUCCCGUCCCUGGCAGAUCUCUUCGACAGGGUCAUUCAGCACUCUGCCAGAAUGCACAGCCUCUCCAACGAUCUGCACUCAGAGUUUGAACAGUAUUUCCUUCCCAGCAAAAAUUCUAUUGGAAAGAUCUACCGCAAGUGUCACACCUCCAGCAUACUGACUCCAAACGGCAAAGAGAAUGCACAGAAACUAGCUCGUGAAGAGUUAACAGAGGUGAUUCUUAAACUGCUGAUGGCUUGGAGGGACCCCCUGUUCCAGCUGCACCAGAGCAUGGCUCACCAGCAGGACUUCAACAGCUUCAGCAGUAACAAAGCCCUGGAGAUGGGUGACAUGGCCCAUGAGCUGAGGAAAGGAGUGGAGAAAGUAGCUGAGAAGAUGAGAGUACUGGGAAUGCUUGGCAACUCUGUGACAGGGCUGUCUGCAGCAGAAACCAUGCUUCCUAUAUCUGACAGCGGAGAGGCCAUGAGCAACUAUGAGCUCCUGUACUGCUUUCGCCGUGAUUCGAACAAAGUCCAGAACUAUCUAAAGAUUCUUAAGUGCAGAAUCGUACCUGAGCACGACUGUUAGAUUAAAAAACAACAAAUAAAAAAAACAAUGGCCUUUCACCUGCACUAAUGGACAGCACAAUGGACAAAUGCUGGUCCCAACAUAUCAAGCAUUUUCGACUCUGCACCAUCCGUUAAGACUUCACCAGAUCCCAGUCAAUAAACCUGACUUUCUGCAUCGCUUCAUACUCUAGUACUCCAGACCAAUGUAUUGCUAUAAUUAUCAAAAACAUAU